GCCGCCUGCUUUUGCAGAUUCGCGGAACCCAGCGGGGAGCGGCGGGGGCUUUGAAGGCCGAAGUCACGCCUCACGCGGGGACCGGAGCUCGCGGCCCCCCGCCGGUUGAGGCCUGGCCAGGCCGGGUAGCCGGUGCGCUCAGGGAGGGAUCCCGCUGUCCCGGGCGCCCGGCUGCCGGCAGCAUGGAGCCCGCGCGCUCUGCAGUCGGACUCAGCGUCCGGGAAGCGGUGCACAUCCUCCAGUCUUCUGAGGACGGUGGCCGCGUCCUCUCCGCCCUGGAGUCCCUGCAGCGCUAUCUGCGAGGAACCGCGGAGCCCGCGCUGCCCGGAGAGCAGGAGGAGUUCGCCGCCAAGCACUUCGCUGCCGUGCUGCGCUGUCUGGUCGGCAGGCUGAGCCCCCGCUGGCUGCAGCUGUCGCCCGGCGACCGGCUGGAGCAGCUCUGGGACAGCUUCUUCCUGGAGGGCCCUGCUGACCAGGCCUUCCUAGUGCUGAUGGAGGCCAUCGAGGGCACUGCCGGCCCCAGCUUCCGUCUGAUGAAGAUGGCACAGCUGCUGGCCAGGUUUCUGAGUGAGGGCAGGGUAGCGGCCCUGAUGGAGGAGCAGUGCCGGCCGCAGAUGAAGCCUGGCUUUCCCCUGCUCCAGGAGACACUACUCAGCAAGGUGGUGAGCCUGCCUGACCACCUGGGCAACCAUCUGCAGCAGGAUAACCUGGCCCAGUUCUUCCCCCAGAACUACUUCCCACUGCUGGGUGAGGAGGCCGUGCAGGUGCUGCAGUCAGUGGUGGAUUCUCUCCGAGGUGGCCUACACUGUUCUGUCUCCUUUGUGUCUCGAGUCCUUGGGAAGGUGUGCAUCCAGGGGAGACACAAGGAGAUCUUGGGCAGGUUGGUGCCCCAACUGACAGCACUCACCCAGGGCAGCUGCUUGUGGCAGCGGGUCUGCUGGCGCCUAGUGGAGCAAGUGCCGGACGGGGCCAUGGAGGCUGUGCUCACAGGGUUGGUGGAGGCCACUCCGGGGCCUGAGGUCCUGUCACGACUCCUGGGGAAUCUGGUGGUGAAGAAUAAGAAAGCCCAGUUUGUGAUGACCCAGAAGCUUCUGUUCAUGCAGUACCGGUACACGACACCCAUGCUGCAGAGCCUGCUGGGGUACCUGGCUAUGGACAGCCAGCGGCGUCCACUCCUCAUACAGGCGCUAAAGGAGCUGCUGGAGACCUGGGGCAGCAGCAGUGCUGUCCGACACACGCCCCUGGCUCAGCAGCGCUACAUCAGCAUGGCGGUGCUCAUCUGCCUGGCACACCUUGGGGAGCCAGAGCUGCGGGACAGCCGGGAAGAGUUGCUGGCCAGCAUGAUGGCAGGUGUGAAGUGCCGCCUGGACAGCAGCCUGCCUGCCGUGCGCCGCCUAGGCAUGAUCGUGGCCGAGGUCAUCAGCACCCGGAUCCACCCUGAGGGGCCUCCAUUGAGAUUCCAGUAUGAAGAUGAUGAGCUGAGCCGUGAGAUGCUGGCCUUGGCCACUCCCCGGCCUGUGGGAGACAGCCCCUUGGAGGCAAGAGGCUCAUCACUGGAUCCGGUUGUGGCAGAGACCCCUGCAGAGACCAUGGAGGGUAGUGUGCCCCCAGCUCAGCUGCAGGGCUCUGACUCGGAGCUGGACAGUGACGAUGAUUUCAUCCCCUACGACAUGUCAGGGGACAAAGAGCUGAAGAGUAGCAAGGCACCUCAGUAUGUGCGAGACUGCAUGGAAGCACUGACCACAUUUGAGGAUAAGGAUAUGGAGCGCUGGGAGGCUGCCCUGAAGGCCCUGGAAGGCCUAGUCCGCAGGAACCCUGAGGCCACACGGGAGGUGAGUGUGGAGCUGGCCAGGGUACUGUUACACCUGGAGGAGAGGACCUGUGUGGCGGGAUUUGAGGAACUGCGCCAGAGAGCCCUGGUGGCUGUUACAGUCACAGACCCAGCCCAGGUAGCUGAGCACCUGACCUCACAGUUCUAUGCCCUGAACUACAGCCUCCGGCAGCGCAUGGACAUCCUGGAUGUCCUGACUCUGGCUGCCCAGGAGCUGUCUCGGCCAGGGCGCCUUGGGCGGUCUCCCCAACACAGUUCCGUGGGUCCCGGCACCCAGUGCUCACCAACACUGACUGCCUCUCAGUCUGGCAGUAUCAUGGUUCCUGACUGGAGGGUGGUGGUAGAAAAUCGGAUCAGAAGCAAGACCCGGCACUUCUCCAAGGGCUCUCCCUGGCAGGAGCCAGCAGGUAGCCCCAAUGAAUUCGCCUCCGUGGCUGGCUGUUUCUUUUUCCCCCUCAUUCAUCAUUUUGACAGGCCUCUAGUGACCUUUGACCUUUUGGGAGAUGACCAGUUGGUUCUUGGAAGACUGACCCAUACUUUGGGGGCCUUGAUGUAUCUGGCAGUCAACACCACAGUGGCUGUACGCAUGGGUAAGGYCCUGCUGGAAUUUGUGUGGGCCCUUCGCUUCCAUGUGGACACCUACGUGCGCCGGGGCUUGCUUUCUGCGGUCUCCUCUGUCCUCCUCAGCGUACCUGCAGAGCGAUUACUAGAGGACCUGCCAGAUGAGCUGCUGGAAACCAGGUCCUGGCUGGCAGAUGUGGCUGAGAAAGAUGUUGAUGAGAACUGCAGGGAGCUGGCCGUGAGAGCGCUGCUGCUUCUGGAGCGACUCAGAGACAGACUCCUCUCCCUUCCCUCCUAGUCCCUGAUGGACCCUAGGCA